UUUGCGACGGCUUACGAGCUUUACGACGUCAACAACGAUGGCGGCUGCCGGAGGUGGGUUUGAAAGUGCGAGGAGUAUCGAAGAGCGUAAGGAGCAGACCCGGAUCGCCAGGGCCGAGGUGUUGCGCCAGGCUAAAGCCAAUUUUGAGAAGGAAGAAAGGCGUAAAGAACUUAAACGACUUCGGGGUGAGGAUACAUGGAUGCUACCUGAUGUGAAUGAGCGGAUUGAACACUUCUCACAGGAACACUCUGUGAAGAAAAAGAAGAAAAAAGACAAGCAUUCAAAAAAAGUAAAGAAAGAGAAGAAAAAGAAGAGCAAGGAACAGAAGUAUGAAAAAAACAAUGAGUCAUCUGAUAGUUCAUCAUCAAUGGAAAUAUUUCAGUCGAAAUUAGAAGAAGCUGAAAAAACUGCAUCCACAAAAGAAGACUGUAGACGAGAACGCUGGAGGAAGCCAACGUAUUCAGAUAAAGCACUGAGUAGUCAAGAAAGUAGAAAAUCAGACUUGACAAAAUAUAAUAAAAGUUCAAGGGAUAGACAUAGUUCAACAGAUAUUACAAAAAAUAAAGAUAAGUUUUAUGGUGAUGAAAAAAAUAAUAGAUCUGGGUCUUCAGAAACAUAUAGAAGAGACUCCAAUUCAAGGCAAAGUCAAGAGUUUUCUUCUCUUGGAAAUUUGAGACCUAAAUUUAUAAGGCCCUCUGAUGAUGAACUGUCAUUUUAUCACAUGGGCAGGAAUGUUGAAUCUAGUUCACCCUCAGCACUGGCCACUCAGGGUUCUGUGCGUUGUGGUUUUCGAAAACCGACAGAGAACAGCGAAGAAAAUUUAUCAUCACGAAGUCGCUCUGCUGAGAGAGAAGGAGAGAGGAAACAUUCAAAUCGAAAUCCAUUGGAAACCAGUCACAGUGUUGACUAUCAACAUAUCUCAGAAGACGGAAGAGAGAAAUCACACGAUGAAAGCUCGAGGGAUGACUCUCCGAGAAAAGAACAUCUACAGGACACAAAGUCUUCAUUUUCAGGAAGUCGCCCUGAGGAUGAGUCCAUCCACAUCCUGAGUGUUGAUGAGAAGAACAAGUUGGGAGCCAAGAUUAUCAAGGCAGAGAUGAUGGGAAAUAUGGAAUUAGCUGAGCAACUUAAAGCCCAACUUGAAAAAGCAAAUAAAUUCAAAGAAACUGUAUCAUCAAAAAAAUCUGGGAUAGAGAAUGAAGACCAGCAAGAAGUGAUUCUUGUCAGAACAGAUCAGUCUGGUAGAGUUUGGCCUGUGAACACACCAGAAAAACCUCUGGAAUCUAAAGGAGGAAGAAGGAAGAGACAGAUGGCUUCAACCCAUGAGGAAAAAGAAAGGGUCAGAUACUUUCAUGAUGAUGAUAAUUUAAGUCUAAACGAUUUAGUCAAGAAUGAGAAGAUGGGAACAGCAGAAAAUCAGAACAGACUUUUUAUGAGAAUGGCAUCUAAGUUUAUGGGAAAGACAGAUGGAGACUAUUACACUCUGGAUGACAUGUUUGUCUCCAAAGCAGCUGAAAAAGAACAUUUUGGUGAAGAAGCAGAAAACCAGAGGAAAAAAGCUAUUGCUGAGCACCGGAGUCUUGCUGCACAAAUGGAAAGGUGUCUGUAUUGUUUUGACAGCUCUCAGUUUCCCAAGCACCUUAUUGUUGCAAUAGGUAUUAAGGUUUAUUUAUGUUUACCCAACUUUCAAUCUCUUACCGAGGGUCACUGCCUGAUAGUCCCUCUGCAGCACCAUAGAGCCGCUACCUUAUUGGAUGAAGACAUCUGGGAGGAAAUUCAGAUGUUUAGAAAAUCAUUGGUAAAGAUGUUUGAAGAUAAAGGGUUGGAUUGCAUCUUUUUAGAAACUAACAUGAGCAUGAAGAAACAAUAUCACAUGGUUUAUGAAUGCAUUCCUCUCCCAAAGGAAGUGGGUGAUAUGGCUCCCAUCUAUUUUAAGAAAGCCAUAAUGGAAUCUGAUGAGGAGUGGUCUAUGAACAAGAAAUUGAUUGAUCUGUCUUCCAAAGAUAUCAGAAAGUCUGUGCCUAAAGGCUUACCUUACUUCUCUGUGGAUUUCGGUCUUCAAGGAGGGUUUGCUCAUGUCAUUGAAGAUCAACACAAAUUCCCUCAUUACUUUGGAAAGGAAAUCAUUGGUGGGAUGCUGGAUAUAGAGCCACGACUUUGGAGGAAAGGGGUCCGAGAAAGCUUUGAGGAUCAGAGAAAGAAAGCACUGCAGUUUGCUCAGUGGUGGAAACCAUUUGACUUCACCAAAAGUAAAACAUGUUGAAUCAUACCUUCGAGUGUUAUUUCCUCUUCAGGUUCCUUUCAGUUUUAUUUCCAUUGUACCUAAUAAGCAGCUGACCCUCAGGUCCCAGGGAAGUCAUGCUCUGGGUCUCUGACCACAGUGCAUCACUGGAUCGUGUCGUACCCUUCCCCACCUGCUCCUGUGGACUUCAUUGCAGUAACCCAGCAUAAGGCCAGCUGUGUCGGUGACCUGCUCACGUUCCUGUUCUGUGCCUACAUCUUGGUGUUCUGAACUAUUCUGUGCAUAUAUGGAAAGACUUUUCUGAAGGAUUAGCCAGGAAGCAUAACAAAUCAUGGGUUCAGAAGGAAUUGGGUCAACGUCAAGGUUAAGUCUAUUGAUUGACUUCUUUUGCACUUUUUAAAUUAAGAGUUGGCAUAUUCAGUAAUAAUUGAAAUUUCUUUUCAUAGCAUUUUAUAGAAGAUCUCUUAAUUUUCUACCAGUAGCACAUGUAUCACUGCUAUUCUUUUUAUUAAAGGGAAAAGAAUGUUCCAAAGGUAAUAAAGAAUUAAAUGAAUUAUAGCCUGCUCAUAA